AUCAUGGAGAAAUCGACGACAAAACAAGGUGGUGGUGGUGGUAGUGGGGGUCCGACAGAGUUCCUAGUGAAAAUUUACCAGAUGGUUGAUGAUCCAUAUACUGAUAAUAUUGUAUCAUGGAUUCAAAGCAACAACAGUUUCAUCAUUAAGGACCCUGAUGAAUUCGCUACAAAUCUUCUUAGCAAGUAUUUCAGACACAACAAUUUCUCUAACUUUGUUUGUCAGCUCAAUACCUAUGUUUGGAUUUCACAAAAUAAAACAUGAUCAAUGGGUGUUUGCUAAUGAGUAUUUUCUGAAAGAUCAAUAUUAUCUUCUUGGUAAUAUUCAAGGCAAGCAAACUGUUCAUAAUCAUGCCCUUGGAGAAGUAGAAAGGCUUGCAUUUGAAGAAGAAAUUGAGAAACUUAAAAAUGAAAAAGCCUCUAUUGAACUAGAUAUUUCUCGCUUCAAUCAGUACAUGCCAGCUAAAAAGCUUCAUGUGGAUAAUCUAGUGCAAAGAUUAGAAGGAUUAGAGUAUAGGCUUAAUAAUUUGAAGAACUCGUUUGAAACGGUUCUUCAAAACCCUAAAUUCGUCGAAAAAAUGAAUAAGAAGUUGAGUUCAUUUUUUCGUUAAGAUUUUCCCAUAAAAGGCCUUUUACUAAUGCUGGUGAAAAUGCUUUUGUUGACAACAGUAGCAACUUUGGAUUAACAGAAGUUUGAAAUAGUUUGGCUAAUAAUGAUAACAACUUUGGAUUGAUGGGAGUUGAAAAAUUAUUUUGCAUAAAUUGAUACCAAUUUUAGAUUUAUGGAUUUUGGAGAUCAUUUUAAUGAGAAUGAUAUAAACUUUAAAUUUAUGGAAGAGGGAGAAAGUGCACAUGAUAAGGUUACGGGUGAAGGAGGGCUAUCAUAAUAAACUUAGACAAUAACAACUUUUGGAUUUGCAUCUAGCAAAAAGGGUAGAAUAAACAAUGUGAUGGUGGAGGAACAUUUUCAAUAGGAAUUUGAAUAGUGCAAUUACACAUGACCAUUUGUAAAUAUAUGAUGUAAUAAAAGAUCGUUUCGUAAAAAAAAACC